CUUGAUUUAGAAUCUACUCUCGCAUCACUCAAAUCAUAUCAAAAUCUUCACCUAUUCAAAAUGGCAUCUGAACUUCCUCCCAACGCCCUUGGCAAAUUGGCCUCAUCCGUCAAGAACAUCGUGACAGGUGUUCCAUUGGAAGAUCAAAACGAAACCAAUGCCUCAGCCACCAAGCAAGUCGACAAGAGCCUCGACAAGACUGUCGACAAGACCGUCGAGACAACUGACGAUGCCACCAUUCACAAGGAGAAGCAAGCUCCCGUUGUGCACGAAGACGUCAAGUCUCACGAGCAUGAGAAGGUUGAUACUGAAGUCGAUCACGAGGUCCACCAGGACCAUUACCAUACCACCAUCCAGCCAGUCAAGGACAAGAAUGUCCUGCCCACCAAGCAUGUCUACAAGGAGAAUGAAGUCGAAGAGGAGAUCGACCACCGCAAUAACGAGGCUAAGCUGAAGGCCAAGGAAGAAGCUGCUAGGAUCAAGAACGAGAAGAACGUUGAGGACACUACUCACUCAAGAGAGUAUGCUCCCACGAAGGAGCAUGAGCACAUUCACCACCAUCUCCACGAGAAUAUUCAGCCCGUGAUCGAGAGAGAAACCGUCCAACAGAAGGUCAUCCACACUACAAAUCACAUCCACGAGAAGGAGCAACUCAACGACGAAUACCACGAGGCCACUGUUGCUCCCGCAAUCUCCCUGGACGAGUUCAAGAACGGCGGUGCCAAGACUGGAACUACUGUCACCAAGGACAUUGAGAUGCCAGUCUCUGGCGUCAAGGCCACAGCAAAGAAGAGGGAAGCUCUCGGAGACGUGGAUGUCGAGGAAGGUUCCAAAGUUGCAGGAUCUGCUGUUAUAAACUCUCUAUAUAUUGCCACGGCUUCCUACUGGAAGAAGACCUUCUUACCACAUGACAUUUCUGAGCAGUCCGUUAUCGGUGUGUGGUUGAAGGGAACAUCGUAUGAAGAUAUGCUACAUAUUUGGGGUGUAUUUCGAGCUGGGUACACCGCACAGCUCAUUUUGCUUCGAAUGACCGACCCCUCUGUCGCUCACGAGGUCUUAACAGCCGCAGGAGCUGCAGCAUUAGUCCACGAUCCUUAUUUGGCUUCUGUUCUUCAAGAUAGUACAAUACCCACAUUCUCGGCCAACGGGCUUCUUUCAAAAUCCGAGUCUAAGCUAACACCUGUGGGGCCUUUGCCAAAGAUGAUGGAUGGAGACCAGAUUUUGAUGAUAUACCAUACUUCUGGCUCAACCUCUGGAGCACCCAAACUUUUCCUUCUGUUACCAAGGACCAUGGUCAAGGUUGCGAUCACAAUGCUGUUUCUGGAAAGCGACCUUCAAGGCGGCUGCUUCAUCAUUCCAACAAGUAUCCCAUAUCCUACCUCCGAGCUCGUCGAUAUGAUCGACAAUCAUGGGCUCACACGACUCGACAUGUUUCCGGUCUUCUUGUCGCAGCUCUUCCGCCAAGCGCGCCAUGAUCCAUUGCUCUUCAGGAGUUUGUGCCUUUUAGACCAUAUAGUAUAUAGGGGUUACCCGCUCAAUCCUUAUGAGGAGUCUUGGGCCCAUGGUCAUAAUUUUUAUCUUAUAAGUGCCUUUGGGUUUACCGAAGUGCGACUGAAUCUCAUUUCCUAUGGGGCCAAGGAGGUCGCACUGGGGCCGGUUUCACCUCUGACAGAUGCGACGGAUGGCAAGUUUCACACUGGCAAUCUAGGCCGCGAUGAUGAUUGGGUCAAGAUGGAAAUGGCUUUGCGGUGCGAUGCCAACUCAAUCGAGGUUGACGCUCUGCAGUGCUGUGGAGACGACCUGAUUCACGCUGUUGUCGCAAUUGGCGUCGGGCGUCCUUCGCCAGCCAUUGUCCUUGAGCCUAAGCACGAUGAUGUCCUGGAGUCCACAGAGAAGACGCGAGAGCUUCAGCUCAAGGUUCUGCAGCGAAUUACUCCAUUCCACCGGCGACGAUACAAGCACGAAAGAAUCGAAGACGUGAAUCUAAUCUUUGUUGUCCCGCAACGUUCGUUGCCUCGAACUGAUACGAAGGGCAAUAUCAGAAGAUUGAAAGUUGAAGAGCAGUUCAAGCAGAAGCUAGACGAGAUGUUUAAAUAG